CCCCCCUCUUCACCUUCGAACAUUUCAAAUCGUUCCCCGCUCACCGGCCUCUCUCUCUCGGUCUCUCUCGCCGAGGUAUCGAUUAAACCUAAUGGCUUUCUCCUCGAUUUGGGUUUCUUGCCGUUAGGGUUCCGAAAUCCGUCGUUCUUGUUCUUGAUCGGACCGGACUAGGACCGGGAUGACGACGACGCUGGAGCACCUCUUCAUGCAAGUCUUCGACCGGAAAGCCUGGAUCGAGGGCCAGCUGAGGGAGCAGAUCGAGUCGUACGGCCAAUCCCUCGCCUACAACCUUCUCGCCGACGGCAGACGGCCCCCUCCCUGGCUCUGGGACACCGGAUCCGACGCCCUUCGCCCGAAAGAGUUAAUCAGGGAGCAGCGUGUUCAAGGGAUCAUAUUUCCUCUUCCAUGGGCCACCACUCCUUCGACAAAUCACAACACUCUCCACACCCUGCCUGCACUCAAGAGUACCAAUAUGUGUCAAUAUAGUAGCUUUGCAAGUGAAAUGUGCAUUUCUAAUGAAUGUAUCUAUCCAGAGCACAAUGAUGGAGACACAAGUGAUGCUAUUUACAAAGAUCAUGAAAAAGAGUGUUAUAUUGCAUGCUCUGAAGAUGUUAAGGAUUCACCUGUCUUUGACCAGAUUGCAAGUGCUCAAUGCUACAGGUCAAUGCAAUGGAAACCUGAGAGUCAUCUUAACCAAAAAUUGAAUGCUGCAAAUUCUGGAAAUGAGUGUACCGUAAAACAAUAUGCUCGUAGAGCAACUCGCACCAUGGCUGCGUCUUUGAUGCCCGAACAUGAUGAAGAAACAUCAGAUAUGAAGAACUCAAUGGUUCCUAAUGGUAUAGCUACUCAAACACUUGAUUGUCUUCCAUCUCUUGACAACAUAUCAAAACCAUUAAGUCCUUCAGGGUUCAUCACUAGUAAAGCAACUGCAAACCAAGCAAGUUUUAUGCAAACAGUAUCACGAGAGGCACCUGAUCUUAUAGCCAACUCUCCUCAUGAUGCUUCAGCCAAGGAACAGUGUACAGGGGCCCUUGCAAAGGAGUUUGUCUUAAAUGGAUCGAAUUCUGUUGUUCCUGGACUGGAAGCAGUACCCUCUGAAAAUUCUCAUCAUUCUCACAAUCAAUUAUUGGCUGUUGUGAAGAAACUUAGUUUUGAUGGUAUAAAAGCUUGCCAUCAGGAUAAAAAAUUUUAUGGUUCCUUUUCUCAGAAAAAUAAUCUUUGUUGUACUUCAGGUGCACUUAGGAAGUUUCAGUCAGCACCAUCAUUAAAAGAGGAUCCGCUAUGCAAGGAUUCUGCACCUGACUUUGGAGCAUUUCAGCCUGGAGAGGAUGCCUCGAAUGCUAAAGUUGUGCAAAGUGCAGUGGUAGCUGUUAGAGAUUCAACUGGAAAGGAAAUAGAAUCACACUGUUGUCCCCUCUCUACAACAUACGAUAUGAAUCAUCAAAAGCAUUCAUCAUUGUCUGAGGAAACUAAAAACUUGAAUUUGACCAAUGCACCGACAUCUUCUACCUCAAUGUUAAGAUCCUGUUUGAACUUUUCAGAUCAUCAAAGUUUUCAGUAUAAUGUCUGUCAAGGAAGUCCAUCAAGAAGCCUGACAGAGCAGUCAGCGAUGCAGCGAAGUGGUGAACCUACUACAAGUGGACAGGCAAGCAUUGUAGCCACCAGACAACCUCAGAUAAUUUCUGAUGUCAAACAAAUUCAAUACUUGUCUGACAAUAUUAAGCCUUAUGAUAUAAACAAGGACCGUACCACUACUUUUGCAGGAGAAACUGAGGGCAGUUGCUUUGAGUUUUCUUUUUCAGAAUCUCUUCAGUGUAUUAAAGAUGAAGAACUCCAUAGAAAUUCUAAAACAAUGCUCGUUUUAUCAGAGAAAAAGCAGCUCCAACAUGAGAGUGUUUUGGCUGCUACGGAAGUUAUAAGAAAGGAAGCUGAAAGAAUUAGUGGUAAAGAUCAUGUGGAGAGAGAUGAAUUACUUAACAUUGUCGAUACGGUUGGAUCUAGAUUAUGUGCAAAGAUAUCUCCACAUGUUCCUGCUGUAAGAUCAUUGGAGAUGGUAAGUGCAACUGAUUCUUCUAAGAAACAGUCUGAUGGAAGCUUAGUGGAUCACAGAACAAAAGGCAGUUGCAAAGGAAAGCUUGUAAAAAGAUCGGUUUGCAGCCAAGACCAACUGACUGAUGAUGUUCAGAGUGCUCAUUCAGUGUCAUUGAUAGAUGAAGUUAGCCUAGAAACUGAAGUGGUUGAGGUUGUUACAGUGGAAAACAGUAGUGCAGAAGUUUCCCAAUCCACUCUGAUUGUAGAUACUGCCGAAAAUGAUUCUGCAGGACUUGGAUGUCAACAUUUAAGAAGUUCGUCUGCAAAUUUUGAUGUUUCUAUAUCUGAUGGUUCUGAUUUGCCUUGUUCAGAUGACUACAUGUCUUUGUCAGCCAACGAAAACUUGAUUGACACCACAACUGGAGAUGUUCGUGAGACAAUCCUCACCAGGAAAUCACCAAAUGCUGCUAAAAUGGAGAGUAAGCUUACAAGAGCUAGCUAUUCUCUGAGGAACUUUACUAGUGUUCCAAAGGAUGUUGGUCUUAGUAAAGGGAAUGCUUAUAUUUCACCUUCACUAGAGAAAUUUUUGUCAGUAACCAAGAUGGACAAGAACAGUGAAAAUAUAAUGGAUGCAAUGGAAAAGAGUAUCACUCAGUUAUCAUACAAUGUUAGAACUCAGAAUCAUUCAUCGGAAUCUCGGUACUUUUUAAGAAGCUUGAACAGGCAUGGGAAGACUUACUCUUAUUCAGAACUAAAUUUAACUGGUAAUACAACUAGUUCAAAACGAUCAAGUGAACUAAUGACUGAUGCAUGUGAAAUAUCAUGGCCUAAGAGGAGAAAGUUGAUUUGUUACUCAGAUGGCGUUCUUGCUACUUCAAGAAUAACACUUCAUCGGCUCCUGCAUACUCAAGAAGACACUUGCUGUAGCAGCAAAGUGAGCUCAGAAAUUGUUCCAUUGGAAGAAAUGCAGAUCACACCAUCUCCCUCUGAAAAUGUAUUGAAUAUGGAUAUAGAAAAUGCAGAGUUCAGGAGCAAUUCAGAAUUUCAUCAGCAAAGCAAAAGGCAAUGUCUGAAAGAGGAUGACUCUUGCUUGAAAAGUAAAGACCAAGUCAUGGAUAUUCCCUUGCCAACUCAAUGCACAAAAGGUGUGACUUCUCCCAGUCUGGCCCAUGGAAACUCCAGGCCCUCUCUAAUGAUUGAAAUUGGUGGCACUGAGUUUACUCUUUCUGAACCAAAAGAACCUGGCUCCUCUGGAAACGAUGCUGAUGGAAAAUUGAGUCAUGUAGUAUCUGAAGUUUAUUGCCACAAUUUACAGUCUAUAGAGGAGGGGACAGUUUUUGAUGCAGGGAAAAGUUUGAGCAAAUAUGGUGCAUCUGUAUUGUCAAACUUUCAGAAUGAUUUGGCCAUGAACUGUGAUGAUUCCAUGCCAGAGUUCGAGGGUUUCAGUAUUGGUGUAUCUCCUGUUAAGAAAAAUGAUAUCUGCUAUGAUGUUGAUUAUCCAUGUUUCAAGGAAGAAAAUAUUCCUUUGGAUGUGCAGCAAGGCAAUUCUACACAUUUGGUUACACCCACGGCCCGUCCUUCAGGAAACUAUAAAAUCAACAACAUUCCUGAUCUUCUUCAGUCGUUACCUAAUGGCCUCUUGGAGCACCUGCACAAUGAUUCUCUAUGUUUUUAUGGUGAUUACACAAGACAAUUUAGAAGCGAACAUGACAAAAUUUCUGAUCUUUACAACAGCUUGGGCUCAUCUUUUGACUGUUCGUUUGUGGAAAGGUCUUCUUCCAAUAGCACGCCUUUCAGUGCUAGAUUUGCAUGGGCAAGUAGUAAAGCUCCUCGGACACCUCCAAUUGAAAAUUCCGCCUUGAGAAAGGCUUCAAGUAGAAGUGGUGCCAGUUCACAGACAGUGGGUACUAACCCUGAACUUGUGUGCUUUCGAAUUGAUGAAAAUUCUAGCACCACAGAAGAUAUUGAGCGUCAGGAUAAAUUAAGCACCUCCAAAGAGGGGAUUUGCUCAAGAGGAAUCCAAGUUCUGAAUAAUAGGGAAUCACUUAAAGAUGUCACUUCAGUAUACGAAAAUGCAUCAACUUUUGUUCCUUUUACCAAGAUGCUCCUUGAAAGUGGCAGUCUAGAAUUUUCAAAUGCGAAAUCCCACUCAGGAACUCAGACUAGUUUUGAUUCGCUAUUGGCAACUGCUUAUACUGGCAAUAAAGAUCUGACAGCAGAUAAGGAGAAUCAAUGUCUUUCAAUUAAUGGAAAGAAAGAGGGGAAAGUGGUUAAAUCCUUAUGUAACAAGCCAGAAAUAAAUGUGAAAGCAGUUGAAAGGAAUAGAAGCCAAGCAAGUAUUCUGAAAGGCUGUAAGCCAAGCAAUAUCAUCUCCAAUAUAUCUUCUUUCAUCCCAAUGCUUCAGAAAAAGCAGCAAGCAACAACUACAAAAGGAAAGAAAGAUAUUAAAGUAAAAGCACUAGAGGCAGCGGAGGCUGCGAAACAUCUUGAAGAAAAGAAACAAAAUGAACGUGAGAUGCGGAAAGCAGCAGCAAAGCUUGAGCGUGAAAGGUUAGAGCAGGAGAAACAACUUAAGCAAAAACAGUUGGAGGAGCAAAAGAGAAGAAAGGAAGCAGAUAGGAAGAGGCAGAGAGAAGAAGAACGGAAGGAGAAGGAACGAAAAAGAAGAUGCAUUGAAGAAACUCGGAAGUUGCAAAGAGAACAGGAUGAAAGGUUACAUACAAAGAAAGAGGAAAAAGAACUUCGAUGUAAAGCUGCAGAUGAUGAGGGAAGGAAGAAAGGUCUGGUGCUAGAAGCAAAGCAGCAACUGAAAUCAGAAAAAGGAGGGGAGGUUGCUGGGUCUAGAAACACAAUGGAAGUGGAACCGGUUGCCACCAAGGUGGUUAUCAGCUCCGAUUGUAUGAAAGGAAUAAUUCAAGGUAGGAUGUCUACCACUAAAGAAAAUCUGAAUUCUCAAUCAUAUGAGAUAUCUCCAUACAAAGACUCCGAUGAUGAGGAUGGAGAGGAAGAAAACAUGCGCAGAAGGAAGCAUGGUCCUUCUUGGGCUGAAAAAGAAUGCUUGGGCAAAAUCCUACUUUCACAGCAACAUUUAGACCCUUUGGAGAUCUUUUGCCGUAAGAGUAAUUUCAACCUAAGCGAAGUUCUAUACUCUUCUGCUGCUCGGCGGUGGCCAUUGUAAUUGUGGUGUCAUUUGGUUUAUCAGCAGCCAACAACAAACCUGAAGCAGUGCCUUGAUGGUUUGUGUGUUCUACCUACGAUACUAAUCCAUUUCUUGUGAGCUUCAUAAAGAAAUGUUGUAGAAAAUUAACUGAAGGUAGAAUGAGAAUCCAUUUCAAUGAAUCAUUGAAUUCUUCUUCUUC